AUGGGCAAUUUAAACAAACUAACAGAGUUGUAUCUUGGAUCGGCCAAGCUCAGUGGGAACUUUCCUCACGUGCUACUCAACUUGAGCUCCCUCACCUUGAUCGAGCUUCAAUUUAACCAGUUCGAAGGUAUCCUCCCAUCUAACAUGAGUAACCUCUCCAAGCUGGAGAGUUUUGAAAUUGUUGGAAAUUCGUUUUCUGGAACCAUUCCCUCUUCACUCGGAAAUCUUUCUUAUCUCGCUCAUGUUUUCCUUAAUGAUAAUUCAUUUUCUGGAACCAUUCCUUCUUCUCUCUUCAUGAUCCCUUCUUUGAUUGGUCUUGACCUGGCAAGAAACUACUUCAGCGGUCUUCUUGAGAUUGGGAAUAUCUCUUCACUAUCUAAACUUCAAUACUUAUUCCUUGGAGAAAACAAUUUCAAUGGGCCAAUCCCCAGAUUUAUAUCGAAACUAGUUAAUCUCCAGCGUCUUAGCCUCUCUUUUUGGAACACAGGGAGUGGCAUGGUUGAUUUCAGCAUCUUCUUACAUCCCAAGUCACUUUGGUCACUUGACCUCUCCUAUCUGAAUACAAGAAGCAUGGUUGAUUUGAGUUGUUUCUCACAUCUCAUGUUACUUGAGCUGGAUCUUUCAGGGGAUGAUUUAAAGAUCAGUUCAACUCUCCAUUUUCCCUCACCCAUGUACACCUUGAUUUUAUCAUCCUGCAAUAUUUAUGAGUUUCCCAAGUUUCUACAAAACCAAACCAGUUUGGAUUAUUUAGACAUCUCUGCCAAUCAAAUUGAAGGCCAAGUACCGGACUGGUUAUGGAGACUGCCAAAGUUGCGGCAUGUAAACAUUGCUCAGAAUUCCUUCAGUGGUUUUGAAGGAUCGGCUGAAGUUAUUCAAAGAAGUGGAAAUCUAACUAAGUUACCAAACUUUAUCGAGGACUUUCUAGGCUCCGACAAUCGGUUUUCGGGAGAGAUCCUAGGACAAUAUGUGAAUUGCCUCGCUGGUGUUUUUCCAGAGGAAUCUAUCAGUGUUAACUUGAGAUCACUUGAUGUUGGUAGCAAUUGGCUAUCAGGACAACUUCCCAAGUCUCUGAUCAAUUGCACUGACCUCGAGUUUCUGAACGUGGAAGAUAACAGAAUCAGUGACAAAUUUCCAUUUUGGUUGAGAUCGUUGCCCAAUCUACAGAUUCUUGUCCUUCGUUCUAACAAGUUCUAUGGGCCAAUAUCUUCUCCUGGAGAUUCUUUGAGUGUCCCUACGCUGCGAAUCUUUGACAUUUCAGAAAAUGGCUUCAAUGGAGUCUUGCCAUCGGAUUACUUUGUUGGUUGGAGUGCAAUGUCAUCGGUCGUAGACAUUUAUGAUAAUACGCCUGGGAUUGGGGUUGUAGGAGGUGGCCGAAAACGCUAUCAUAACUCAGUGGUUCUGACGAACAAAGGAUUAACGAUGGAGCUGGUUGGGAGUGGUUUCACAAUCUACAGAACCAUCGACGUCUCGGGAAACAGAUUCGAAGGAGACAUCCCUGAAUCCAUUGGUCUUCUCAAGGAACUGAUUGUGCUCAACAUGUCAAACAACGCUUUCACAGGCCAUAUUCCACCAUCUCUAUCAAACUUGAGCAAUCUCCAAUCAUUGGAUAUAUCUAAAAACAGAUUAUCAGGCAGUAUAUCACCAGAGCUCGGGAAACUUACAUUUCUAGAGUGGAUGAACUUCUCGCUAACCUCUAAGCUUUCUCCUUCACAUUACGAGCCAUUGACAGCAUCAGGAAGGUCCUUCAGAACUUAA